UUAGAUCUCGCAGUUUUUGAUGACGAUUAUAGACUUCCUGUUUUCAUUUCUGCUAUUAUUGUACAAGACAGCUCUCAAAAUGAGUUGGCUCUUUGGAAAUAAAAACAAAAACACGACGUCAUCUCAAACAAAUUUACAAGCCCACAGAACAAAACAAAUUGAUUCUUUGAAGAAGGCGAAUCUAAACCCAAUAGAAGUUAUACCAAACACAGAAUACAGAAUUACAUUUGUGUCCGGAAAUAGCAACAUAACUCUAGUUGUAACACUCCCUCCUCUGUUUCCACAAGAUUGCCCAUCAAUUUCUGUUCACCCGCCUGUGUAUCACCAAUGGGUGGACUCACAGUCCAAAAUUGUCAAUUGUCCAAACCUAGCAUCAUUUUCCAUGCAUUCCAGUUUAGCGGUGGUGGUUCAGUCUAUCAUUGAUGAAUUCAAGACUCACCCUCCUCAACCACAGUCACACAACUUUGGUGUCAUAGGACCCCCACCAUUUCCACCGGCUACUUCUUCAAUGACCAGUUAUUCUGGUUCCCCGGGACUCCAGGGCUAUCACCAGUCUCCUGUUCCUCAGUUUGGAACCAGCCAAUCAGAGUCGAUGCAAGUGACUGGACCUUCUUCUGAGCAGGACGGGCGAUAUUCAGAUCAAGUCCCAGAUGUUUUUUCAGCCUUUCCAGAUCUUAAAACAAAAAGUCUGACAGAGUUGUACGAACUACAAGAUGAGGAAGACAAAAUUUUAGAAAUGAUUCAGAAACUUCCAGAGGUGGGGAAGUUUGCAGAGGAGAGGGAGAAGAUUUCCAACGAGUGUAUAGAACUGGCUAGAAAUAAUCUAAGCUACAAACCUGUAUUAGAACAACUUAGACAAUGGAUUUUAGAAAAGAACAACCUGUGUGACAAAACACAGGAGGAAUUCGAGCAACAUCAGGGGAGGCUAAUGACCCGAUCUGAAGAUUUCCACCCCUCUGUGAUCCAGAACAACCUCAAGGUGGCACUAAUGGAGGCAGAGGAAGAGUCAGAGAGAAUUGUGGAACAGUUCCUAGAGAAAAAAAUGGAUGUUGAGGAAUUCAAACAAACGUUCCUUCAGACCAGAAGCUUGUGUCAUGCCAGAAGAGCAAAGGAUGAAAAACUGACUCAAAUUAUCCUGCAGCAUGGAUAUAGUAACUGAAUUUCAACACAGAACCUGGCCACCAAACUAUCCUGCAGCAUGGAUAUAGUCAUCCGGAACACCUCGGACCUUUCACCAGCCCGAGGUGUUCCGGAUGGGAUAUAGUAACUGAAUUUUAACACUGAACCUGGCCACUGAGGUUCCUUAUGGCGAAUCCUUGUUUCUCUCUUCUCUUGCUUUUUCAUAGCAUAUACCAGUGUACAUCUUUGUUGCAAAGGAUUUUCAACGAAGCUUAUCAUUCAUUCAUUCAUUCCCACCAGACAGAUGCACACGACUACAUGUACCUGUGCCUGUCUAUCAAAUCAAACACGCGUUUCACUGGAUGAUGACAUUAAUCAUGUACUGUGUUAGGUGAUAUUUAGUUUGAAUGUGAAUGGUGAGUUAUGGCCGAUAAUAAUUGAGAUAUAAUACGAGAUGUAUGCGGGCAGUUUUGGAGAGAAAUUAGAUCUUCAAUUCCGUACUGUUGAUCAUGCAUCUUUGACACUAAUGAUAUGAUUGAUAGAUAAAGGUAUAUGUACAUUGAGCAUUGUAUACAGUGUUAUUUUCAGUCCGGUUUAUUUUUUUGCUAUUUUCAUGGUAGGCAAAUUAAAAUGUAAAAUUGAAACUGCAGUAACUAAACGUUUAUAUUGAAAGCAAACCACCGAAUUAAAGUUUUGUGAAAACAAGAAAAUAUACCACGAGUGAAGAUAAAGCUGUUUACAGCAUAUUGCCAAAGUGUUCAUUCAUGAUUAAUUCUGCUUUUUUUCUUUUAUGUUGUUGAAAAACUUGUUAUUAUGUUACAUAAUUUUAUAUGAAUGACUGUGUUUAUGAUAUUGUAUGUUUGGGGAGAAUGUUUGUUGAUUUGUCUUUCAGGAAACCAAACCAAAAUAAAAUAUUUGGAAAAAAAGUCA